UUGUGCAAAUUGAUGUAAACUGUGUAUCCCAUCGAAUGAUGUCCUUCAAAGGUUAUACGUAAUCUGCACUGGGCUAUGAGCAAUAAUUAUAUUUAUCACUCUACUUGAAAUAUAAUUUCAUAGCAAGAAAGAGCAUUAGAAAAUUCAAUGGUAUCUACAGAUCCAACUGGACAAGUUCCGUUUAAGAUAAUAUUUGAUAGGUUGCAGAAAGUGAUCAGCUGAUGAAACCAAGCUACGCGUGUUUGAACUGUUAUCGUAAUUCUUGGAUUAUUCUGUUUACUUUAAUUUUAAUGCUAAAGGAUUUUAGAUAAUUGCGAUGGAACCUAAGGAGUCUGUUGUAAAAUCUGUUGUUCAUACAGGAACAAAGGCGGUUUCUUUUGUACCUGGCACAAAAGUUGUUUUUCACUUUAGAACAACAAAAUGCGACCCAGACAAAACAUUGAUAGAUGACAGUAGAACGAUGGGGAAACCCAUGGAGCUGGUUCUGGGGAAAAAAUUUAAGCUAGAGAUAUGGGAAGUAAUUGUUCAGAAAAUGGCAUUAAAUGAAGUUGCACGUUUUAGAGUUAAUAAAAGUCUAGUCACGGCAUAUCCCUUUGUGUCAAAGACACUAAGAGAAGUCGGUAAACCAGCUUCUGAAAAGAGAAAUCAUCAUUGUUGUGGUGUGACUCUUCAAAAUGAGGGCAUUGGAUAUGAUGACUUAAAUGAUCUCAUUACGAAUCCACAGGAUUUAGAAUUUACUAUAGAACUACUUGAAGUAGUGUCACCUAAUGAGUACGAGAAAGAAACAUGGCAAAUGACAGAGGAGGAGAAAUUGAAAAGUAUUCCAAAAUUAAGAGAGAAGGGAAAUUCUUUAUUUAAGAAAAAGGACUACCAGGCUGCAUCUGAUUCAUAUGCAACAGCAAUUGGAAUGUUAGAACAAUUAAUGCUUAUGGAAAAACCAAAUGAUGAAGAUUGGUUAGCACUAAAUGAAAUGAAAAUUCCUAUACUUCUUAAUUAUGCACAGUGCAAAUUGUUGAAUAAAGAAUAUUACGACGUGAUUGAGCACUGUACGACAGUACUUAAGAGUGAUCCAGGUAAUGUAAAGGCCUUAUAUCGAAGAGGUAAAGCACAUAUUGCAGUGUGGAAUGAAGUAGAAGCUACAAGGGAUCUGAAACGAGCUGCAGAGUUGGAUCCUUCGUUAAAUACUGUUGUUGAAAAGGAAUUGCAUUCCUUUGCUGUGGCCAUAAAAGAAAAAGAACAAGUUGAAAAGAAGAAACUUGCACAAAUGUUUAACAAGUGACCAAAUAAUUUAAUUGUACAUGUGUGUUAAUCAAGAGUAUCCAAGUAUGCGAUUCAAUCGCUUAAUAAAUAUUGGUAUAUGUUA